GUGUAGUUCGAGAGAGUCUCUCGGGGGGCUGGAUUAGCCACUCGUUGUGGUGAACUAGGAAACAAUUCGGUGUGCUCCUUCCUUACGCUCUUUACUUUUUCGCUCUCGUUUUUAAUUUCCUGCGAUUUUGUUUUAAACGCUAUUCACCCCCCCUCUAGCGUUGGGCCUUUAUUCUAACAAUUGGUACCGGAGCCAUACUCUCUGAAAAACUUAACCGUUUGAGAGAAACGAUCAAUGGCUUCUACUCAAAGUUCAUACGCAGGUUUAGGUGAAGGGCAAUCCACCACGAGGCCUCCGUUGUUUGACGGGACAAACUACACCUAUUGGAAGGAGCGGAUGAGGAUUUACAUUCAAUCCACCAACUUUCUCCUUUGGAGAAUUAUCAAAAAUGGUGAAGACGUGCCAAUGAAGAAGGUCGAGGAAACCAAUGUCCCUAAGACCGAGAAUGAAUAUGAUGCACAAGACAUCAAGAAAGUGGAAAACAAUGCCAAGGCCAUCAACAUCAUCUAUUGUGCUGUUAACCCGGAUGACUACCGGAAGAUUUCUUGUUGCACCACCACGAAGGAAAUGUGGGACAAACUAGAAAUCACCUACGAAGGUACGGAUCAAGUCCGAGAAGCCAAAAUUGAUUUUCUAACCCAUGAAUAUGAAUUGUUUCGUAUGAAGGAAAACGAGAAAAUCGAUGAGAUGUUUGAACGAUUCUCCAAAAUCGUCAAUGAUCUUCAUGCUCUCAAGAAGACGUACACGGACAAGGAGCUUGUGAGAAAAAUCCUGCGAAGUCUCACACCGGAGUGGCGCUCCAAAGCCGAUGCCAUCCAAGAGUCCAUCGGCAUCACCAACGUCACCAUUGACGGGCUUAGAGGUAACCUCAAAACCUAUCAGUCCACCAUUCUAUUCCCUUCUUUAGGUGAACAAAAGAAGAAGGGGAUUGCACUCAAGGCUACCUCAAGUCAAGAACCCGCCAUGGAGGAAUCAAGCGAUGAGGACAACGAGUUCGGGCUCGUCAUCAAAAAGUUCCACAAGUUCAUGCGAAAAGAGUAUGAACGAAAGGGCAAAAAGCAUGGAGGACCACCCAAGUGCUAUGGGUGUGGAGAAGUUGGGCACAUCAAGCCAAAAUUCCCAAAUGCCAAAAACGAGAAGGAGAAGAAACCGUUCAAGAAGCACCGAGCUUACAUUUCAUGGGGAGGUGAUUCCGGCGAUGAGUCAUUGGAAGGCGAAGAGAAUGAAAGCGCCAACCUUUGCCUCAUGGCACAUGAGGAACCACCGGAAGAGGAUUUGAAAAUGAAACCAAUAAUAAGGAAAAAGUUGAGCAACCACCUAAACAACCUAAGGCUCAACUUAGGAAAUCUAAAAUGAACAAUAAUAGACAACCUACAUCAACUAGGAACACUAGACCACCUAGAAAGAACACUAGGAUAAACAAUGGUCAAGUUAGAGAACCUAGAAACCAUUUUCCAAAUGUGCAUAAACAAAACUUUUCUCAACCU